AUGGGGGAUUGGAACUUAUUAGGGAGCAUUUUAGAAGAGGUCCACAUUCACUCCACCAUCGUGGGAAAGAUCUGGCUCACCAUCCUCUUCAUUUUCCGCAUGCUCGUGCUCGGCGUGGCGGCCGAGGACGUGUGGGAUGACGAGCAGAGCGAGUUCGUCUGCAACACGGAGCAGCCCGGCUGCAAAAACGUCUGCUACGACCAGGCUUUCCCCAUCUCCCUCAUCCGCUACUGGGUGCUGCAGAUCAUCUUCGUGUCCUCUCCGUCCCUGGUCUACAUGGGGCACGCGUUGUACCGUUUGAGGACCCUCGAGAAGGAGAGGCACAGGAAGAAGGCCUUCCUGAAGGCCGAGCUGGAGGGGACGGACCCGGUCCAGGAGGACCACAAGAGGAUCGAGAGAGAGCUCAGGAAGCUGGACGAGCAGAAGAAAGUGAGGAAAGCUCCCCUGAGGGGCUCGUUGCUGCGCACGUACGUUUUCCAUAUCUUAACCAGAUCUGUGGUGGAGGUGGGUUUCAUUAUAGGCCAGUGUGCUCUGUACGGCAUUGGACUGUCUCCCCUGUACAAAUGCGAGAGGUUGCCCUGCCCCAACAGUGUGGAUUGUUUCGUGUCGCGGCCAACCGAGAAGAACAUCUUCAUGGUUUUCAUGCUGGUCAUCGCAGGGGUGUCUUUAUUCCUGAACCUCCUGGAGAUCUUCCACCUGGGGGUGAAGAAGAUCAAACAAAGCUUGUACGGAUACAAAUACGGAGACGACGACAGCGUGUACAGGUCGAAGAAGAACUCCAUGGUGCAGCAGGUCUGCGUGCUCACCAACUCCUCACCGCAGAGGUUGAUGCAGCUCUCUCAGAUGACCCGCUCCGUGGUGUCUGAUGCCCACAGGGAGCGUUUGAGUCUGGCCCUCGUGGACCCCCAGAACCAGGAGGGGUUCAGCAGCUCCAACCAGCAGCACGCGCAAACGUACACCAAGGGUCAGCUGGGCGACCGGAAGCCCUCGUGCAGCAGCGACGAGUCGAACGGACCGCACGCCUCGGGCAGGCCGAAGUACGCGGGGCCCCGGCCCACGCUGAUGGCGGGCCACAUGGAGAUCCCGGCCGCCCUGCAGAACCCCCAGAGGAAGCAGAGCAGGGUGAGCAUUUGCAAGGAGCUCAGCGACAUGAGCGAUUCGCCGGAGAGCGACUACCACCCCACGGCCAGGAAGUGCAGCUUUAUGUCCCGGGGAAUGUCGGAGAGCAAGCUGGGCUCUCCGUCCGACAGCACCGGCUCUCAGAGCGGAUCGGAUGUUGAGGCCCAGCACCUCACCCAGGGGGAGAGUCCAGCGGUGACCCCGCUGCCUCCAGCAGGCGGGAGGAGGAUGUCCAUGAGCAUGAUUCUGGAGCUGUCCUCUAUCAUGAAGAAAUAA